AUGGUUAUCAAUACUAUCAAUCGAAGGAUCUUCCAGACGAAAAAAGUGGCCUCAUUGUUAACAUCAUCUCGAUUUUUAUCAAUCUCCAAUCAAAAUUUAUUUAUCUAUAAAGAUAAAAAUGUUACCAUUGAAGCACCAGUGUAUAAAAAGGGCGGUAACAGACUAGCCAACGCCAUAAAAUAUGUGAACGAGGUUGAUGCCACCAGAAAGUUGAUUGACAAGAUACCUGAUCAAGCUAAGGCUACGGUGUUAUUGGAGCGAAUUGAAGGAAAUCCUGAGCUUCUUUUCUAUGUUGCCAUGUUUCACCAUCAACUUGCCAAGAUUGGUAUUACACAAAACAACGAAGAUAGAACCAGUUUACUCUGGAAGUACCGUUGGAGCUAUGUAACUCUGCUCAAAAAGGUACAUGGCAUUUUCUUUGAUCUUUGUCAAGUUUUAGGAGUUACUGAAAACAAACACAAAUUGGGGUUCACACCAGAUAAAAUUGGAAUAUUGGAUCCUAAUAACUUCACUUCUGAACAAUACCAGGAGUUACAAACUGGGAAGUACAAGGGUACUGAUUAUAGUGAGAUCCUUAUGAUUGGUGAUAAUCCUUUUAAGAACAAGAAGAAGAAUCGAGUGUAG